AUGCCGACGGCCGCCAUUACCGCCCGUCGACGUAGGGUCAACGCCGUCAAAUGGUCAGCGCUGACCGGGCAUGUGGGCCCUGGCUAUGCCGACGGCCUGUCCUAUGCCGACGGGCCCCGUAGGCGUACCUCGGGCGGUCCCGACGGCUUGUGGGCCGACGAGGAGCACCAGGACGUUCUGCAGAGGAAGCGCCCGCCAUUCAUCCCGGAGAUCGACGACCCCUCCUUCGUCACCAUCUACGGCGUCAGGGACCUCCCCUACGGGUACGAUGUGCUGGUAGAGAACCUCAUGGACCCUGCCCAUGUCCCCUACGCGCACAAGGGGCUGAUGGGCAAGCUUCUCAAGAAGGAAAACCUCGGCAGAGUUGAGUUCGACAUCGAAGGCGGCGGGCCGAUAAAGAUGAAGACGAAGGUGGCGAACGUGGACGGGUUCCUGACGGAGCAGCAGGAGAACCGCGGCUACUUCCGGUACGCCGCGCCGUGCACCUUCUACGGCUCGCCGCUUCCCAGAGAGGUGAAGAAGAAGCCCCAGUUCAUGAUGGUGUUCAUGUGCGUCCCAGUGGCGCCGGGGAAGAGCAGGGUGAUCUGGGCCUUCCCGAGGAACGUCGGCCUGUGGCUCGACAAGGUCAUACCGCGGUGGUACUACCACAUGGGCCCGAACGCCCUCUUGGACUCGGACACGUACCUCCUCCACGUCGAGGAGCGCAACUUCGCGGCGGCCGGCGCCGAGAACUGGCACAAAGCCGUGUACGUGCCCACGUCGUCAGACAACAUGGUGAUCGCUUUCAGAAACUGGUUCAGAAAGCACUGCAAGAGCCAGGUCGGCUGGGCCGUCCCCACAGCCGAUCAGCUGCCGGCGACUCCAACCAAAGACAAGCUCAUGGAAAGGUACUGGUCGCACGUCGCGCAGUGCAGGAGCUGCAGCGCGGCGUUGAAGGCCAUGAAGGCGCUGGAGGUCGCCCUGCAGUUCGCGUCGGUUGCGGUCGUCGGCUUCCUCGCCGUCGCCAAGGGGACGCUGGUAACAUCAGUCGUGCAGAGAGCUGUUGUUGUGUCCUUGGCCGUGCUGUGCUUCGCCGCGUCCCGUUGGCUCGCGAGCUUCAUCGAGAAGAACUUCUAUUUCCAUGAUUACGUUCAUGCUUACAAGUGAAGACAUAUCCCGGCCCGUGCCAUUCAGUCAAAGAUAAAUGGAUUUGCCGAGAGAGGACUU